ACUAAGCUGGGGGCUCGUUGGAGGUGGUGUACUUGAGCCUCACCAGAUCUUCUGGGUACAGAGGCAAUACCUUAACAGAAAGAGUACUGAGAAUAUGUACAACAGCUUUAAGAAUCUUCAGCACUAGGGGAUCUCAUGUCUCAAUCCCGGAGCCAUAGUGGGACUUUAUUAGAUCAGGCAGCAUUGUACAACAACUGAAUUAUCGUUCCUGCCAUCAGCGUACCAUUCCAUCAUAUUCUCUGUCUCUAUUAACCACAUCUCUCCAACUCUCUUUCUCUCUCUUUUUCACUUUCUCUCCAUCUCUUAUUUUCUCUCUUAGUCCUGCUCUUCGUUUGGAAGAAAACUCAUUUAGGGGGGAAAGGAAGCUGUGGUGGAUCGAUAGAAUGAAUAAUAAAGCAGUAAGCCUGUGUAGAAAUCCAGAGUGAAGUCAAGAGGGACAGGGAAGAGGAAUAGAGUUUGUAUUCUAGUGAUUUUACAAUCAGUCAGGAAUAUACCUCAGUUACACUGCCUGUUUUAUUGAUUAAAGCUUGUAUGAAUUAAUCAUACGCCAAGUCUUUUAUUCAAAUCCAAGAAAGGAUAUACUGUUUUUUCAUGGUUUAAUACUGUAUUUGGGACAUAAGCAUUUAUCUGAUUGGAAAGAGGAAAGUGUGAUUCUGGCAGAGCACUCCGAGCUUAUUAUGCCAAUAGCACCCAAAUUUAGAUCCCAGUGACGACAUCAAAAGUUGUCAAGGCUGAAGAGAAGGCUAAUCUGCCACAAGCUGCCGGACUCUCCAUGCACAGUCGACUGUAGAAUAUGAAUACCUCUUAAACCUCAUCAUUGUACCAUCACUGUCUCGUAUUAGCUGGAUAAAGGAGAAUUCAAAAUGGAGAUUAUGGGGCUCAGCAUCUUUAUAACUUUGUGCUCUGUUCUGCUGCUGUCCGUAGGGGCACCCAAGGCAGAGGGGUGUAGCUGUGAAGGGGCACACCCUCAACAACACUUCUGUCGAGCAUCCUAUGUGAUUGGAGCAAGGGUUCUAAAGAGAGACUACAUCCGUAAAAAUCCAGGUGGUAUUGGUUCCAGCACUGGACUAUUAGGAUCGGACCAUGCUGCCAUUGAGCCUCUAGGUGAGAGGACUCGUCCCUAUCCUGGAACUGGUCUCCAUCAUCUUCCAGAUGAAAGACUUCCAAACGAGCAGCUUGGAGAUGCAGGCAGACAGUGGCAGGACUUAGAACCCCUAGAACCACUUCCUUACCCCGAUGGAUUAGAAGCUCCCAUGGUACCGGAAGCUGCAGAGCCUAUCCAAAAUGAUGGAUUAUUUGGGCCUAUUCCUCAAUCCGAUGGGCUUGGUCCUCUUCCUAAGAUGGAUGAUCUGGCACCCCUUCAACAGCCUGCUGGACUACAGCCUCUACAACAACCUGGUCUCCAACCCUUACCUUUUGAAGGUGGCCCUGAAGAGAUGGGUCAGCCAGAAGGUUUAUUACCCUUGCCACAUCCAGAGGGCCUACAACCUCUCCCUGAAGAACCAUACAAACAAGAUAUUUUGCCACCUCUGCCCUUACCAGAAGACUUGAAGCCUGUUGAGGAUACCAUCACCACACUUACAACAUCCCCUCCAGAAUCUGUGAUGACAGAUGGCAUCAACACCAUGACAACCCUUCCUCCUCAAAAGAAGCCUUCUAAUGAAACUGUCAUAACAGAGCCUGUUAUUGAUGUUGAGGAACCUACAACUGAAGAGGAGCGUAGAAUCGAUCCUGAGAGCAUGGAAGCAUGGAACUACAAAAUCAUCUACACCCUCAAAAUAAGCCACAUCUACAAGACAGGGGUUGAACAGGAAGGUUGGAAAAUAGGCGAUGAGAUAGAGCUUGAGAGUCCUGCUGCUACCAGUCUUUGUGGCAAGACAGACAUCAAAACUGGAAAGAACUACCUCAUUGCAGGUUCAAGGGCAAACCGAGUGGUACUGUGUGACUGGGUCCAAGAACACCACAAACUAACAUCAAGACAGAAACAGGGACUCAAGACAGUCUAUGGAAAGUCAUGUGAUGUCUGCCAAAUCCAUUCCUGUACUUCAAGUAGACACUGCAAGAAACCAAAGCAGAACAGAGCAACCACCUGUCUCUAUGAUGCCUCUCAACUUCAAAUUGGAGAGCCUUACAGCCCCUAUGACUGCAUCGCAUCACACUCACGUUGCACCUUGCGUCAUGGUCACAAGUGCAAGUGGCAAAAGAACAAUGACUACCAUAAGUGCGCCAAACACCAGCUUCCUUAAAAAAAGAUAGAUGCCAUUACCUUGGUACUGGUGAAAGUAAGAUUAUAUGAUGAAAGGUUAGCACAGGACUUUGUCAAACAAAGUUAUCAACAAUUUUGAAAUAGAAAUCUUCAUUUAAAGGAAAUAUUAUUAAAACAACUAAAGCACAGAGCACAUAUAAACUAGUUUGAAAUAAAUUCAAACAUAUAUAGGCCUAAUAUCUAUAAUGGAUGCUGUGAAUAUUAUAGGAAACUGUAGAACUUAGUCAAAUAAUGAAACGGUAAAAGUUUCAAGCUUUCCUAUUUUUUUUCUUAAAAAAACCUUUACAUUCUAGUUCAUAUUCUUGAUGAUGAACAGUCACUCUUCUAGAAAUCUUUGUUUCUUACUGUAUCCAUUUUCAAUUUCAAUAUGAUAGGUUGCUCAACAUGCAAUGCAAGUGAGCUGAAUUUAGAAGAAAUCUUUUAUUACCUUUCUGUAACAUGUAUAUCUUACACUACCAUCACACCAACAAAACAGAACCAAAUAUCUAAUGACAUCUUAUUUGAAAUAUCAUGAUAUCUUUGGUCAGUCAGAAGUGAUUUUUUACCAGUGUGACAGUGGCAUUAUCAAUGCGUCUGUGUGGUAUCUAUCUAUAUAUCUCUCUUUUUUAUAACUAUUUUUUGAACUGGGUAAAAAAUCAAUCAAUCAUUGGUGAGAAUUGGCCAUAAACACAAUCAUUUACAAAAGUCUACAGAACCUAUUAUAUAAAGAGGAUUUUAAAUCAGUACAUGCUUACCAUCACUUUAUAAGCUUUCUUGUUCCUCUUCAUUUAGUUUAAAGAAACUUGUGCAGAUAUACACUUGGCAAAAAAAGUUCUUGGACACUUAUAAAAGUUAAAAUAUUCCAUAUAGAUAUUUGAUUAAAAGCAAAUUUUUGUAUGUCAACAUGACCAGACAAUAUUCCUCUUCCAGUAUGACAUGACAUUUUCAUGUGAACAGUCAUGCAUGGGUGGUUGAAUGGUUUAAACAAUAGAAAUGUCAGCAAAAGAAAAUUGCAAGAAAUGGCUAAUUAUCAUGGCCAUCCUGUAGGCAUACAUUCAACAAUUUAAACAGGUGGUUAUCAUUUGAAUUGAAUGCUUAGGGAUGCAUCAUGAGAUGCAUAAUGAUAUGGAUCAUUUGGACACUCACUUUCAAGAUGAAGCUUUCCAACCAAGAGCGUGCAAGAGCAAUGUUGCAGUCUGGGCAGUCCUUUAGACAAGUGGCUCGAUAUUUCCAAGUUUCACCAACAACAAUUUCAAAUUUGAACCAGCGGUAUUUGGCUACUGAUGAAGUUAGAGACCGCCAUAGGAGUGGUGGACCUAGGGCCACCACCCCUGCAGAAGAUAGGAGGAUAAGGAUAAUUUUCUUUUGCUUAUGCCAAGAUACUGAAAUUUGACAUUUUUUUCAUCGACUAACUUUGACUCAAAAUUACAGUGGAAUAGUGAUGCAUCCAAGGUGGAUAACUUUCUCUUCACUUUUAGAGUGGUAUUUGACUUUAAGUUUGCUUUUAUCGUUUAAUGGAUAUUUAUGCCACACAAACUUUCAAAACUGAAAGAAUGACUGAUCAUUUUCUUGCAAUUUUCUUUUACUGACAUUGCGAUUGUUUAAUGCCUGUAACCAGCCAUGCACUGACUGAUCCAUUUCUUGCAAUUUUCUUUUGCUGACAUUGCUAUUGUUAAAAGCAUUUAACCACCCAUGCAUGACUGUUCACAUGAAAAUGUCAUGUCAUACUGGAAGAGGAAUAUUGUCUGGUCAUGUUGACAUACAAUAAUUUGCUUUUAAUCAAAUAUCUAUAUGGAAUAUUUUAACUUUUAUAAGUGUCCAAGAACUUUUUUGGCCGAGUAUGUAUAUGUACCUAUUUGUAAGAAUCUGAUAAAUUAUCUGUGAAAGUAUAUUCUGUGUCAUUUUUACAUUGUCUGAUUGCUUGUAGAUAUGAUAUACCAUUUGUAGAGGUCAAUAUGGAGGGCUAUAUAUCUCUUAUCUUUGAGAAUGUGUAUCAAAAUAAAUGUAUUCCUUAUUCAAAGAGCUAGUAUUUAAAACUUGUAAAAUAUUUAAAAGUAAUAUUGACAAGGACAUGACAGAGCAACUGCUGAGCUUUUCAUUGAUGGCUUACAUGUAUAUCUGACACUGCACAAGACUGAAUUAAUUAAAAAGGAAGACAAGUAUAGAUUCCAUUUUCCAAGCUUUGUGCUCAAAGGGCUUUAAAAAAAGAAAAACAUUACUGAGGGGAUCACAACUUACAUUUCACAAAGAAUCAAUGGCUGAAAAUAGCAUAAAGGCUAUCACACUUUUUAGAUACUCGAGUAUGGUUCCAUUUAGGCAUCAGUGAGGCUUUCAUAAUAGACUGACUUGCUAAAACUUGGAAAAAUAGAAUUCACACUGCUCAAGCCAUGAGUGGCAUCAGAGGUAUAAAAAUGGUAUUAAAAGCUAAUAAUUACUCUUUCAUCUACUUGUACUAUGUUCAAUAUUCUCUGAAUAGUAUCCCUCUAAAUUUGGAAUAAUUUCUUUACAUUCACACUGUGUAUAGGUAAGGACCAGUCUUAAUUGAUAGUGGUGUGAUUAAGAUAAAGGUUCAUAAUUUUGUACAUUAUCAUGUAGUGUGUAUUGUGAUCCAGUAUAACUGAAAUGGUUUUAUGCAUAGCAUAGAGAUACAUUUUGUGUGGCAAAUUGGGUUUAAAUACUGGUCUUUGUUAUUCAUCACUGUGAAGGAGAGAUUGAAUGUUUUUAAUGAUUUCUUGAUUGUGACCAACUCUUCAUUAACUUCAAAUUCUUCUCUUUUUGAACUUUUAUUUCUGUUGCUCUGAAGCCAUGAAUUGAAUUUUCACUAAUGAUACAUAAUAUAUCUCAAAAUUUACUUGAAAUUCGAUUUCAAAGAAGGAAACAAUUCUUUUUUCCAGCUUCAUACUACAAACACUAAUAUUUCAAGAUAUUUUUUUUUUUUUGGCUUUGGGGGACAAAGUAAGUUAGAGGCUGAAUUCUAUUUUGUACAAAAUUGACAAAUAUUUGAAUAUAAAGAGUUUAUGUACUUGAAUGUUUGUACAGAUUGGUAUGUUCAAAUCUCAGUCAGAUUUUGACAGGGGCUUAUUUAGAUUGAUAUUAUAAUGGUGAAUAUUGGUUUUGUCAAUAAAGAUAUAGUGAGA